AUGCCACCUACACGAUCUACCUACAAAGAGAGUCGGAAGUACAGCGAAGGAACGCUGCCACUCUCCGAAGCACCUACCGCGACCAAUUCUAUGCGAGACGAAUCACGACACGCCAGUGUCGACACACUCGACGAGCCCAAUUGGCCGCAAUCAUGGCGUGCCUACGCAUGCUUGUUAGGCUGCUUCUUCCUCAUGUUCAACUCGUGGGGACUAGUCAACGCCUACGGCACGUGGUCCUCAUACUAUGUUGGCCACUCACUCCGAGGUACUGAUCAGCUUGAACUGAACCUGAUCGGCUCGACUCAAUCCUUUAUUGUGCUUCUGCUGUCGAACGUGGUCGGGCGGCUCUUGGAUGCUGGUCACUCUCGCAAGGUGAUCGGUUGUGGUACUUUCCUUGUACCCUUUGGUCUUUUCAUGCUUUCUGUCGCGCAUCCCAGCGACAUUGAGGCUCUUGGAAACUUCGGCUCGAUCUGGGCAACUCAGGGCCUUGUGGUCGGCCUGGGUAUGGGUACCUUCUUCGUUUCCAGCUCCCAAGUUGCUUCAACAUGGUUUCCCAAGCGCCGGGGUCUUGCUGUAGGCUAUGUGGCUUGUGGUGCCAGUGUAGCAGGCGUGAUCUACCCCAGCAUGCUCCGCUACUUGAUCCAGUCUGUCGGUUUCAAUAACGCAGUACGCUACGUUGCCACUCUCACUUCGGUGACAUGCAUCUACUCCUUCAUCUUCUGCACGCCAGACCCUGCCCACGAGCAUCACGAACCGAAGAGCUGGGGUAAGCUUAGGACUUGGUUCGAUACUGAAGCCUUCAAGAACAAGGCUUGGUGCUGGUUCACAGCUGCCGUUGCGUUCAUGUUCUUUGGCUUUUACCCGGUCUUCUUCAACCUUGAAGAGUGGGCAUCAGUGCGCGGCUUUGGCACUCGCGACCGGACAGGUUCCCCAAUAAGCCCCUCCGACACGACCGACAAACCUCUUCAAACGUUUUGGCUCCUUGUCAUCAUGAACGGAGCUUCGACUGUCGGACGCAUGCUCCUCGCGCACUUCUCGGACAAAGUCGGCGCCCUCAAUAUGCAUAUCGGCUCUCAAUUCACCGCGUCGAUGCUCACACUGGUCCUCUGGACAUUGGCUGGAUCAGAGACCGACGCUAUCGCCUUCUGCGUCGUUUUCGGUGUCUUCUCUGGUAUGGUCAUUGGUCUCCCUCCUGCGUCUAUCGGCAACAUUCUCAACUGCACCUACGCCACACCUGACACGAGACACUUUGCAAAGAAGAAGCUUGGCCACUGGACCGGUAUGAUGUACACGUUUGCAGCCAUCCCUGCCCUUACCGGCCCCGUCAUUGCUGGCCAUCUCAUCACAGAGUACAACACGUACAUCACUGUUCAGAUGUGGUCCGGUACUAACCUCAUGCUCUCAUGUAUUUGCAUGAUCAUCUCUCGCUGGUAUCUACCAUGCGAUAAUGGCGAGCAUGCGAAGGAGGCAAUCAUUCGCAGACUGAGCAAGGCUGAGACAUCUGAGAAGCGUAGGGACAGUGACCCUACCUCAUCACCUGACCCACUAUCACAAGCCCCUACCCGGGUUCCCUCACCGCGUGCUUCCUCCGACAAUGUCAGCGAUGCCGGCCAGAUGGUCUAA